AGGAAGAAGAAGAAGAAGAAGAAGAAGAAGAAACCACUACCUCCCCAGGAUUGCCUGCUUCUCCCCCUUCUCUUUACGCGCGCGUGUGCGUGUGGCGCGUGUGCGCCCCUCGUCCCUUCCAUCCGAACGCGGUCUUGGAUGUUUAAUAAAGAAAUCAAGUGUCUCAACAGUCACCCAAAAAAAAAAAAAAAAAAAGAACCAAAAAAACCAAAAAUCUCCAAAAAAGCAAAAAAAAAAAAAAAAAAAACCAAAAAGAGAGAGACAGAGAGGCGAGAGAGCGAGGGGGAGCGAGAUUCCAAAACAAACAAACAAACAAACAACAAGGCAGAGCCAACCUCUACUUGCGAGCAGCCGGCGCGAGCCGCCCGUGUCCGCCGCCCGGAGAGGGGGGUGUCCUCGGGCCCGUGGUGGAGGAGUUGCAGGGGGGAUCGCCGGGGGGCCUGAGGCCGAGAGACGCCCCAGGAGCCGCCGGGCAGGAGGCGGAGGAGACCCGGAGAGGCGAGAGAGCAGCGGGCCCCCGCGCGCGGCUCGGGGCUGGGCCGCCAGAAGUGGGACUGGAGCGAAGUAGAGCGAUGCCAAGGAGGAAACAGCAGGCACCCAAGCGGGCGGCAGGCUACGCCCAGGAGGAACAACUGAAGGAAGACGAGGAAAUAAAAGAAGAGGAGGAGGAGGAGGAGGACAGUGGUUCAGUAGCUCAGCUUCAGGGCAGCAAUGACCCGGGGACAGACGAGGAGCUAGAGACGGGUCCGGAGCAGAAGGGCUGCUUCAGCUACCAGAACUCUCCCGGGAGCCACCUGUCCAACCAGGACGUGGAGAACGAGUCUCUGCUGAGCGAUGCCAGUGAUCAGGUGUCGGACGUCAAGAGCAUCUGCGGGCGGGAUGUCUCAGACAAGAAGGCCAGCGCGCACUCCAAGCUGCCCGGCGAAAGCCACAACUGCAUGGAUAAAAUGACCGCCGUCUACGCCAACAUCCUGUCCGAUUCCUACUGGUCGGGCCUGGGCCUGGGCUUCAAGCUGUCCAGCAGCGAGAGGCGCAACUGUGACCCCCGCAAUGGCAGCAGCAAGACGGAUUUCGACUGGCACCAGGACGCACUGUCCAAAAGCCUCCAGCAGAACUUGCCUUCCAGGUCGGUGGGGAAGCCCAGCCUGUUCAGCUCGGUGCAGCUGUACCGACAGAGCAGCAAGAUGUGCGGGACCGUGUUCACCGGGGCCAGCAGGUUCCGCUGCCGCCAGUGCAGCGCCGCCUACGACACCUUGGUCGAGCUGACCGUGCACAUGAAUGAGACGGGCCACUAUCAAGAUGACAACCGCAAGAAGGACAAGCUGCGACCCACGAGCUACUCGAAGCCCCGGAAGAGGGCUUUCCAGGAUAUGGACAAGGAGGACGCUCAGAAGGUUCUCAAGUGCAUGUUUUGUGGCGACUCCUUCGAUUCCCUCCAAGAUCUGAGCGUCCACAUGAUAAAAACAAAACAUUACCAAAAAGUGCCUUUGAAGGAGCCAGUACCAACCAUUUCGUCGAAAAUGGUCACCCCGGCCAAGAAACGCGUCUUUGAUGUCAAUCGCCCGUGUUCCCCCGAUUCGACCACAGGCUCCUUUGCAGACUCGUUUUCUUCUCCGAAGACCGGUGGCCUGCAGCUGUCGUCCAACAACCGCUACGGCUACCAGAACGGUGCCAGCUACACCUGGCAGUUUGAGGCCUGCAAGUCGCAGAUCCUCAAGUGCAUGGAGUGCGGCAGCUCGCACGACACCCUGCAGCAGCUCACCACCCACAUGAUGGUCACCGGGCACUUCCUCAAGGUCACCAGCUCGGCCUCCAAGAAAGGGAAGCAGCUGGUGCUGGACCCCCUGGCCGUGGAGAAAAUGCAGUCGCUGUCAGACGCCCCGAACAGUGAUUCGCUGGCCCCCAAGCCAUCAGGUAACUCAGCCUCUGACAGUGCGGCAUCCACGACUGAGCUGAAGAAAGAGAGUAAGAAGGACAAACCAGAGGAGAUGGACAAGGACGAGAGAGUCAUGAAAAGGGAGGAGUAUGAUGAUCCUCUGCAAAAGCCUUUAGACCCCACCAUAAAAUAUCAGUACCUAAGGGAGGAGGAUUUGGAGGACGGCUCCAAGGGCGGAGGGGACAUCUUGAAGUCAUUGGAAAACACCGUCACCACAGCCAUCAACAAAGCCCAGAAUGGGGCCCCCAGCUGGAGCGCGUACCCCAGCAUCCACGCGGCCUACCAGCUGUCGGAGGGUGCCAAGCCGGCUCUGCCCCUGGGAUCCCAGGUCCUGCAGGUUCGGCCCAACCUCACCAACAAGCUGAGGCCAAUUGCCCCAAAGUGGAAAGUCAUGCCGCUGGUGUCCAUGCCCACCAACCCGGCCCCGUACACCCAAGUGAAGAAGGAGCCCGACGACAAAGAGGAAGCCGGGAAGGAGUGCGGGAAGGAGAGCCCCCGGGAAGAGGCCUCGCCUUUCAGCCACAGUGAGGGGGAUGCUUUCUCCAAAAGCGAAGCCCCUUCGGAAGCCAAGAAGGCCGAGCCUCGUCUCCUGAAGGAGGAGGCCCGGCUGGUGGAGGAGGGCGGUGAGCCCGAGAAACGACCGCCCCUGGAGCCCGCGCCCACUCUCAGCAACGGGUGCACCCUCCCCACGCGGGCGCCCGCCCUGCCGUGCAUCAACCCGCUCAGCGCCCUGCAGUCCGUCCUGAACAAUCACCUGGGCAAGGCCACGGAACCCCUGCGCUCCCCCUCCUGCUCCAGCCCAAGCUCAAGCACAAUGUCCAUGUUCCACAAGUCGAAUCUCAGCGUCCUGGACAAGCCGGGCUUGAGUCCCGCCCCGACGCGGCCCGCCAGCGUGUCCAGGCGCUACCUGUUCGAGAGCAACGAUCAGCCCAUCGACCUGACCAAGUCCAAGAGCAAGAAGGCCGAGUCCGCGCAAGCACAAUCCUGUACGUCCCCACCUCAGAAGCACGCUCUGUCGGACAUCGCCGACAUGGUCAAGGUCCUGCCCAAAGCCACCACCCCGAAGCCCGCCGCGUCCUCGCGGGCCGCCCCCGUGAAGCUGGAAAUGGACGUGAGGCGCUUCGAGGAUGUCUCCAGCGAGGUCUCCACCUUGCAUAAGAGGAAAGGCAGGCAGUCCAACUGGAACCCUCAGCACCUCCUGAUCUUGCAGGCGCAGUUCGCCUCGAGCCUCUUCCAGACAUCCGAGGGCAAGUACCUGCUGUCCGACCUGGGCCCUCAGGAGCGAAUGCAGAUCUCCAAGUUCACGGGGCUCUCGAUGACCACGAUCAGCCACUGGCUGGCAAACGUCAAGUACCAACUUAGGAAAACGGGCGGGACAAAAUUUCUGAAAAACAUGGACAAGGGACACCCUAUCUUUUAUUGCAGUGACUGUGCCUCCCAGUUUAGAACCCCUUCUACCUACAUCAGUCACUUAGAGUCGCACCUAGGUUUCCAAAUGAAGGACAUGACGCGCCUGGCGGUGGAGCAGCAAAGCAAAGUGGAACAAGAGAUCUCCCGGGUGUCGUCGGCUCAGAGGUCUCCGGAAACAAUAGCUGGCGAAGAGGACACAGACUCUAAAUUCAAGUGUAAGUUGUGCUGUCGGACAUUUGUGAGCAAACAUGCAGUAAAACUCCACCUAAGCAAAACGCACAGCAAGUCACCCGAACACCAUUCACAGUUUGUAACAGACGUGGAUGAAGAAUAGCUCUGCAGGUAUGGGUUUUACUCCCAGGUGAUGGGACCGUAGCCUUGUGAGGAGCUUCUUGAUGGGAGAUGGGUCUGUGUAGAGGCAGCCCCUGUCUCCCAGUACCAAGAGGACAGUAGCCUGCUGGAAUAGGACUUAUCUGUAUGAAAGACUAGAACACGAUAAGUCCUACCCACCUCGAUGUCUCCAGGUUAGAGUUGGCGAAUAGAAUGAAAUGGGUUCAGAGAGAUGGAGUUCACAGAUUACUGCUUCAGGAUACGUGAUCUCCUUAGUGACCCAAGGCCCAACUCUGAAGGUCCAGCCAAGGCUACACCUCAUUUUAAUUAAUACGUACGGACUAACGUCACUGUCCCGUGUCACCCCCUCACCUUCCCGCAGCGAUGCUAGUGACUUAGAAAGUGAGUGGAGGGUGAGCAACAGAACGAACACUGUAGAGUUCCUGGGGGCAGCCACUAUGCAGAGAUUUCUUAAUCGGCCCGUGAACUUUAUUACUAUUACUUGUAAUUAAUGCUUUUGGCAGCUUCCUUUCGGCAAUCGCUAUACCCUCCCCUCCCACCCCUCGGUUUCUUACCUCCAUUAGGUUUGCUAGGAAAGAGUGUCUGCCCUGUAGUCAGACGGCAGCAAAAUACACUCUGCAGAUCAUUGGGGUGAAAAGAGAGGAAGCCGAUUUUCUUCUCUCCUCGUCCUCUGGUUUUCUUUAGGAUACACCAGUAUCGGCGGCCGCUUUUAACAAAGAUAGAUGCGCUGCAUGCCCUUGACAGUUUGCUUUUCCUAAAGAAACGAACGACUUUCUGAACACCCAUUGCCGAUGCACGUGGGGUCGGUCCCACAGCUUCAAGAUCGUUUGCAUCUUGUAUCAUAGAAGUUCUGUGCCUUGUAUAGUCACUGGUGCCCAGACUCUCUAUGUCACCUUCAGGAAAGAGGACAGAGACCAAGGUCAAAUAAUUUUGGCAGACUUGCCACACCGGCCGCUUUCGAAUCUGGGCUGGGUAUUCACGUAAUCCCUUCAUCUCCUUUUUUUUUUCUUUUUUCUUUCUUUCUUUCUUUCUUUCUUUCUUUCUUUCUUUUUUUUUUUUUUUUUUUUUUUUUGUAUUUUGUCUGCUUCCUUCUCUCUGCUCUUCAGCAUGAUACCCCCCUACAUGCUAGGGACCUCCACACACACUCAAGUUGUCCUCUACCUGGGCCUUCCCCCCACCCCUCACCCAACCCCAGACGGGGACUUGACCUGACCUAAAGCUUCCGCACUUGCCAGUCCAGUUUAUGUCAUGCUAGGUGACAGAUUAGUUCUUUUGGUUACUUCACAGUAAGAUUAUGGACAGUCAGUAAUCACCUAAAAGCCCUCACCACCCCCUAGUGUCAGAGCAUUUGUUUUUUAGAUAGGAGAUUUUUAGAUCAAGCCACAAAGGUAUGAGCAGGAGCAGAGCUCCACGUGGAGGAGGGGUACUUACGUGGUGUGGCUUUGGGCUCAUCCCACGUCAGGUGGGGAGAUUUGCCAAGUGUGAGGAUGGUCAAGAUGAAAUCGAGGGUGAAAAUCUGGGACUGUCCCCUCACUGAGAAGAUCUAAGAGCUUCCGAUGGAGGGGGAUCCCAUCCUAUAACUCUAAUGGCUCCGUGGGCCCAAAUGAAGACUGUUAUUUUGUUUGCAUGUUUUUAUCAUGAUAAUUAAAAUGUGUUACUAGCAGAUUCAUC